CGAGAGCAAGCCUGAAACAUCACUGACUCUCAAGCGAGCAUCCUCAGGACAGCGGAGAUCUUUCAAAGGGAAGAAGAUGCCGAUCUGCAGCGUGCUGGAGAAGAGUAACGGCGUGGUGGUGGGAGGUCAGCUGACCUGCAGCGUGCGGGAGGUGAACAAUGCACAGAAGGAGAGCUACGCAGCCGACUGGGUCAGUGUUACCCUCAAGACUCAGCCCCAGGACAGGCAAACCAUGAACAUGAAGGACAUUUCCCGCCGGGAGACUCUGUCCCGGCAGUGGCAGGCCCGCUGCCUGCUCCAGUCCUGCCCCUCCGGCGUGGUCCGGGUGGGCACCGUGGAAACGGGGGUGAAGGAGCACCAACUGCUGCCCAAGAGAAACACGCUGCCCCUGCCCAUCUUCGUCCCCACAGAGCUGGGCGUCCGAUUGGGGCGCGGAGCCCCCCACACGGAGGAGGACUUGGCGCCUUUCCCAGCUCCGAACGGGCUCUGUCCUGGGAAGAGGACGGUGGACGAGAUCACCAGGGACCUCCCGCCCGUCAAACCCGCCGUCAUGGAGUUCGCCAAGUCGGCUCAAGUCCUGGGUCGCUCCGUGUCCCAGGAGGCCCAGAGGGGGUGAAGGAGGAAGUCAGAAAGAAGGGAUGAGAACCGUUCAAGAAUGGAAGAGAGGAACGUCUGUAGAGCUAUAGAAAACUUAGUGUCUCACACUUUGAUUUUAAUGAAUCUGAAGUAUUUAAUGUUUACAUCUAUGAAUGGAAAAUAACGCAGGUCAGAGAAAGUGACGGAAAGAGGGAGGAGAGUCGGAGAGGAGGGCUGUGAUGAAUCCUGGUUCCCUUCCAGGAUCCACAAGAUCUUUGUGGAGGGAACAGAAUGCACUGGCACAAUCACAAUCACACACACACCGCUGCUUUCACAUGUUUUUCUGCGUGUGUGUGUGCACUUAAUGACAUCUCCAGGCAGGGAUUUAGAGAAAAUAAUAACCUGCUUUUUUACAGAGGAAUAUCUCAUCUGCCUUGUUAGUUUAUUUGUUUCCACAGCUGCAUAUUUAUACUGGUGUGUAAAUUAUUUUUAAAUGUUUGCUGGUUUGUUUUUGUUAGAAAAUGAUUAUUUUUAAUAAUAAAAGUUGAAAAAUCUC